UGCCCCGCCUCCUGAACGGCAAGGCAACAAUAUUAAAGUCUCACGCAUCCCUGACUUGAGGCGAACACAGCCUGUCAGCCUUCGACGAUCUGAAAAGGCCCCUUGGUAGACCCGCACGAGCAUGAUCUGGCGCUCAACAGAAAGGCAACUCUCUUCCUCAGCCAUUCGACUGUCUCCUUCAUUUAGGUGUUCGUUCAAGCAAGCUUAAUUACAUCACUAGCAAGAUGGAAGGUGGUACUGCCAUGCCCUGGGUCAUCACGCUCUCUGUACUAUUGUCCAUCACUGCCUGUUUUGGCUUGGUUGUCCUAUGGUGCAGCCCAUGGAGCGCUGGGUGCUGUAGACGACGUACACGGGUCGCCGACGAGGAGGAGCAAGCAGAGGGAGCACCUCUCCGAAAUGUCCCAGCGACCGAAUUCGAAUUAUCAGAUUCUCGACCAUCAUCCCCGACCUUGGCAGACAAUCCCAAGCAAGUGCUCUUCAAGCUCGACGACCAUUCGAAUGGGAGCUUUUCAAGUCGUGGAUCCGGAGAGACUGUUCGCCCACCUGACAAACUGUAGUUCGGGCAUCCUUUUUUCUCGAGUAGGGUGGGAAUGGAAGGCGCGGUCUGUGUUCGUGGAUACCAUGGAAGUGUGAUACCUAUGCCUGUUAGUGCGGAGUGGAGUGACGGCGAUGGGAGUUUUUCUCCCGGCCUCCCUGUUUCCCACAUCCGUGGACUAAUUUGGUGGACGUGUUGUGUAGAAUCUGUCCUUUUAUUAUCCUUGUUAUGCG